AUGGGCCCGUCCUAUCAGAAGGCAGGGUUAAGGCAGUUCCCCUCUCGCCUGAACGGCUCCAGCCCUGUGCCCGGACCCCCACCCCGCACACCCUUCGAUGACCCGUUCUUCGUGGUGGAGACUUUGUGCAUCUGCUGGUUCUCCUUCGAGCUGCUGGUGCGCCUGUUGGCCUGCCCGAGCAAGACGGCCUUCUUCAAGAACGUGAUGAACCUCAUUGAUUUUGUGGCCAUCCUGCCCUACUUUGUGGCGCUGGGCACCGAGCUGGCCCGGCAGCGGGGGGUGGGCCAGCCGGCCAUGUCCUUAGCCAUCCUGCGGGUCAUCCGGCUGGUACGCGUCUUCCGCAUCUUCAAGCUGUCUCGGCACUCGAAGGGCCUGCAGAUCCUGGGCCAGACGCUCCGGGCGUCCAUGCGCGAGCUCGGCCUCCUCAUCUUCUUCCUCUUCAUCGGCGUGGUCCUCUUCUCCAGCGCGGUCUACUUUGCCGAGGUCGACCGGGAAGACUCCUAUUUCACCAGCAUCCCUGAGUCCUUCUGGUGGGCCGUGGUCACCAUGACGACAGUCGGCUAUGGAGACAUGGCCCCCGUCACGGUGGGUGGCAAGAUCGUGGGCUCCCUCUGCGCCAUCGCGGGCGUGCUGACCAUCUCCCUGCCUGUGCCAGUCAUUGUCUCCAACUUCAGCUACUUUUACCACCGGGAGACAGAGGGCGAAGAGGCCGGAAUGUACAGCCAUGUGGACACGCAGCCCUGUGGCCCCCUGGAGGGCAAGGUCAAUGGGGGAUUGGUGGAUGGAGAGGUGCCUGAGCUGUCACCUCCACUCUGGCCCCCUCCUGGAAAACACAUGGUCACCGAAGUGUGAGGGACAGUUGAAGCCUACGAGACCCCACAUUUCCUCGGAGGGAGGGCGGGGAGGGGGGAGGGGAAGUCAUGGGGAGGGGUUGGGACUAGGAAGAACUAGGUUAAAUGGUAAUGCAUUGAAGAACACUAAGCCUUAUCGGUUCUUGAGUUGCGGUUUGGUACUCCAGUAGGUACCUCCUUAGGCAGCAAUGAACGGCAGUGGGCUACGCUGAGCUGAGGGGGAUGCUGCAUGGGUUUGUACUGCGCUGGUUUCUGUAAGGCUGUGGAGCCUCUCGGGCUAGUGUUGAGAUAGAUUUGUGAGGCCACAGAGUUUUGUGAGUUUCUUUGUUCUGUGUUGGGUUGGGUUGGGUUGUGAGUCUGGGUGAGCCUUGUCCAACCGCAUUGUGUGGGAUUCUGUGAGUUUAUGGGCCCCCCUAGGGCCAUGUUGGGUCAAGAUACGUGCCCACCCAGGGCAUCGUUGGGACUGGUUCCGCACAUCCAUGCAUGGUGGUGUGGGGUGGAGACGUGUUGGAAAUUGUGUGGCUUUGUGAUUCUUCUGGGGCUAUGUUAUUUUCGGUUCUGUGAACUUGUGAGUCAUGUAGAAGAGUCAAGUGAUAGAAUGUGAGCUUUCUAGGUCAUGUUAGGUUAAGUCGGGUUGGAGCGGACGACUGUAGGAGUCUCUCCGGGUUCUGUUGGGUUGAAUCGUGUAGAGUUGUGUGGCUGGAAGUGUUCAGGGCUCCACGGAGUUGAGCCACACUGAGUCGCAUAAUCAGGUGGGUCUCGUAGGACCAGGUCGUGGGGCCAUGCUGAGCUGAGUUAUAUUGACUGUGUCACUGUGAGUCUGGUGGGAGUGCUGGGUUGAGCCGGACUGUGUGUAUGAACUCCAUGGGGCCAUGUGGGUUUGUUUGGGAUUCGGUGGUAGCACCGGCACCCAAGGAUGCCAGCACUGAGGAGGAAUCACGCCUCAGGGAGGGAAUGGCGCUGUGGACUCUGGGAGACAACUGAACUGGACACUCCCCCCAUUCGCCCCACUCCUGCUUCAUUUUGCCAUUGAAAGCCCCUCACUAUCUGUCUUCGCCUACAGUUCUGCUUCCAGACAUCAGAACCACAAGGGGGGGGAGGUUCCCGUACUCUGUCCAUACAUGGUGGGGGGACAGGAACCCAGAGGAAGGGGGACAGAGACCUGGGGAAGGAUGGAGGCUCAGAAAAGAGAAUCCCAGAGAAGAGGAGAUGAGGACACAAAGGAGAGGAACAGAGACUCAGAGACAACGACCCAGAGGAAGGGGGAGGGACACAAUCCAAAGAAGAGGGAGACAGCGGCCAAGAAUGGGGGGAUGGAGACCCGCAGCGGGGUGUCAGGCGCCCAGAGAGAGAGAGAGGGACAGACACCCAGAGCUGGAGGCAGACCGGAGCACCCCAGAGACAGAACCAAAGAGGGAACAGGCAGUGGUGCCCCUGAGCCUGACAGAGAUGAGAAUCCCCAUCGGGGCACACCACCCCAUCUUCCCGCAGCCCAGGAAGGCCCUCAGACAAAGCAGGAAGCAGGGAGAGGCCAGUCUCAGCCCAGGAGAGCUUCCCAAGGUCAGGCGCCCGUCACUGUCCCUGGGGCCAGCCCGGUGGCAGGCGGCCUGGCCCCACGUGUCCUGUCAGCCUGCUGGGACGCACAGGACCUCCUGAGCCCAAACAGCCUCAUGAACAAGGAAAUUGAGGCUCAGAGGGGAGGGUGUUGCCCAAGGUCACGAGGCCGAACAUGUUUAGAGGUCUUUCCGUCUUAAAGGGCAUUUUGAGAUGGAGGAGGAAGAGGAGGAGGAGGAGGAGGAGGAGAAGGGAGAGGAGGAGGGGGGGCAGGGUUAAAUCACUAACACAUAUAGGGCUUCCUAUGCACCAGGUGUCAUUCAAUUUAUUAAAUCGAUGCCAUAUUAAUUUAUUAAAACCCAUCCAGUGGUUUGCA